CCCCCACCAAUCUUCCUUGUAUAACAUACCCAUACCACACAAGAACUUCCCAACCCAAAUCACAAUCCCAGUGCCAUCCAAACAUGCCCACCCCAUUGCCUGACUUCUCCUCCUCAGUCAAGCUCAAGUAUGUUAAGCUUGGUUACCAAUACUUGGUUAACCAUUUCCUCACUUUCCUCCUCGUACCCAUCAUGGCUGGCAUAUCAAUUGAGGUAGCCCGCCUCGGUCCUAAUGAAAUCGUGGCCCUUUGGAGGUCUCUCGAGUUCGAUACGGUCCAGAUCAUGUGCUCGGCCUUUCUCGUAGUAUUCAUCGCAACCGUAUAUUUCAUGUCCAAGCCACGGCCCAUUUAUCUUGUGGACUACGCGUUGUACAAGCCUCCGGUUACUUGUCGGGUCCCGUUCUCGACUUUCAUGGAACAUGCUAGAAUGAUACUCCAAUUCGACCCGAAGAGCGUCGACUUCCAGAUGAGGAUCCUUGAACGGUCGGGUCUUGGAGAGGAGACCUGCCUCCCACCUUCAAGCCACUACAUCCCUCCAAGCCCUACGAUGGAGCUGGCCCGAGAAGAGGCUCGCCAGGUUAUGUUCUCGGCUAUUGAUUCUCUCUUAGAGAAGACAGGCGUCAAGGCCAAGGACAUAGAUAUACUCGUUGUGAAUUGCAGUCUCUUUUCACCUACGCCGUCUCUCUCAGCAAUGGUUGUAAACAAGUACAAGAUGAGAAGCAAUAUCAGGAGCUUCAACCUAUCAGGGAUGGGUUGUAGCGCUGGGCUUCUGUCGAUCGAUCUCGCACGGGACCUACUCCAAGUGCACCCUAAUUCUUACGCGCUGGUGAUCAGCACCGAGAUCAUCACACCCAGUUGCUAUGCUGGUAAUCAACGGUCGAUGCUUCUCCCCAAUUGCUUGUUCCGCAUGGGUGGGGCUGCUAUCCUUUUAUCGAACCGGACACGUGAUCGAAGGCGAUCUAAGUACCGUCUCCUCCACGUAGUCCGCACCCACAAGGGAGCUGAUGACAAAGCCUACCGGUGCGUCUACGAGGAGGAAGACCCUCAUGGGAACGUUGGUGUAUCGUUGUCGAAAGAUCUGAUGGUGAUCGCUGGCGAGGCACUCAAGUCCAAUAUCACCACCAUGGGUCCGUUAGUUCUCCCUGCUUCUGAGCAGCUUCUCUUUCUCUUCACCCUCAUUGGCCGAAAGAUCUUCAACCCCAAACUCAAGCCCUAUAUCCCUGACUUCAAGCAGGCGUUCGAGCACUUCUGCAUCCAUGCAGGAGGCAGGGCCGUUAUCGAUGAGCUCGAGAAGAACCUACAGCUAUCAGCCGAGCAUGUCGAGGCGUCGAGGAUGACCCUCCAUCGCUUCGGCAACACGUCUUCCUCGUCACUCUGGUACGAGCUCAAUUACAUUGAGAGCAAGGGCCGGAUGAAGCGCGGGAACCGUAUAUGGCAGAUCGCCUUCGGUAGCGGAUUCAAGUGCAAUAGCGCCGUGUGGAAGUGCAACCGCACGAUCAAGGCCCGAAGUGAUGGGCCAUGGACCGACUGCAUCGACAGGUACCCGAUCCACAUCCCUGAGGUUGUCAAGCUCUAGGUUUAUCUCUCCCCCACCGCUUGAUCGACGAUCAUCCAUGAUCAUCCAUCGAUCCGCCAUCCCUGCUCUUGUUCUCCCCACUCCGGGACAUUUGGAAUUAUUUCUAUCAUAAAAGACCGACGCUUCUCCUUGCAUGAAACUGUAACUAGGUUAUGAAAAAACCGACCAUGAAAACAACUGGGCCUGUAGGUUGCUAUUUCUAAAAGGCCCAGAUGCUCACAGGCGUCGGAUUUAUAUCUACCCUCAGUGUAUGUGCGUUUUCUACGUUAGAUUGUGGGAAAAUGUAUUUUAUUCUUUGGUCUCGGUGUAUAAGCUUUGAUGUCGCGUUCAUGCA